UCACCACACUCAUGACCCCCAAGAUGCAAUAUGCCCGCCUCGGAAAGUCGGGGCUGAAAGUCUCGAAGAUCAUCCUCGGCUGCAUGUCAUACGGCUCAAAGGGAUGGCAGGAGUGGGUUCUCCCUGAGGAAGAGGCUAUCAAGCAUAUCAAGUUUGCUUGGGACCAUGGCAUCACGACCUUCGACACUGCCAACGUCUAUUCGAACGGUCUUUCCGAGAUCAUACUUGGAAAUGCUAUCAAGAAGCUGGAGCUGCCUAGAGACGAGCUCGUUAUUAUGACGAAACUGUUCGCUCCGAUCCCGAAGGAGUACGGCACGAAUCUCGUCAGGGAGGGUAAGACGCCGGAAGAUGUCGGCAUCAUUAACCAGAAGGGCCUCAAUCGCAAGCACAUCUUCGACUCCGUGAAGGCCAGCCUCAAGCGCCUGCAGGUCGAUUACAUCGAUCUUUUGCAAUGCCACCGCUUCGACUAUGACACGCCAAUCGAAGAGACAAUGCAAGCUCUCCAUGAUGUCGUCCAAGCCGGAUAUGUGCGUUACAUCGGCAUGAGCUCCUGUUGGGCUUAUCAAUUCCAUGCCAUGCAAAACUACGCCAUCACGCACAACCUCACGCCGUUCGUGUCGAUGCAGAACCACUACAGCCUCCUGUACCGCGAGGAGGAGCGCGAGAUGAUGCCCACGCUGAAGAUGUUCGGGGUGGGAUCGAUUCCCUGGUCCCCUCUCGGGCGCGGGCUCCUGUGCCGUCCAUCUGAUGCAGAGGCGACACUGCGCAAGAAGACUGACGCCUACCAAACCGGCUAUGAUAUCCCCUUCCUCCCGAGCCUUACGAGCAGGAUUGAGGAGAUCGCCAAGAAGAAGGGCGUCAGCAUGGCUCAAAUAUCUCUUGCUUGGUGCUUGGCAAAGGAGCCCGUGACGGCGCCCAUCAUCGGUACCACGAGCCUCCAGAAUCUGGAGGAUAUCCUUGGGUCGCUUGAUGUCAAAUUGACGGACGAGGAGGUUAAGUAUCUGGAGGAGCCGUACCAGCCUGUGCGGAUCAUCGGCCACGCAUGAGUCUCCGAUCGAUGGGAGAUGUGUUCUAUGUACGAUAGGCUACGCAGACAGGAUGAUGCGUCAAACUUCCUUUGAAUGCUGCUCGAGCGUCGGUGGGAUCAGACUAUCUGUCCACUGCCGAAGACGGAAGUAUGUUCAAGAUAUGCCUUUCAGAGAAACCACUGCGUUAGAUGGAGUGGAGAGAUACCGUACUGGAGACG